AUGAGUCUGAAAAACAGAAGAUUUUCACUGGACAGCUCCUCUCUGGAGGGAACUGGACUCCUCACCAUGAGGAGAGGCAGCGCCAUAUUUAGCAGUAAGAAAUCCAGUCGGAGGCAGAGUCUGGAUGUUGCUGGUGUGGACCCCCAGCAGCUGAAUCUCAGCCACAAUGCCAGGAUCUCUCUCAGGGAGGAGACCAUACCAGAGGAGAAUCUUGAACGAUCAGAUGGGUUCAUAAGGGAUCAUAGCUUCCUGAAGCAUAGUAAAGCCUUCCAUAAAUUCUUUGAAGAGAUUCCUGAGGACGAGAGUCUGACACACGUAUUCACCUGUGCCUUGCAGAAGGAGGUGCUGUAUCAUGGAAAGCUCUUUAUUUCUGAACGGCACAUGUGUUUCCACUCGUCUGUGCUGCUCAAAGACACCAAGGUGGUUAUUCCAGUUUCCACUGUGAAGGAGAUCAAGAAACAUAACUCGGCUCUGUCUAUGCUGUCCAUUCAAACGUCCAGUGGAGAAAAGUAUUUGUUCGUGUCUUUGAGAAAUCGGGAGAAGUGUUACAAACUCCUCCAAGCUGUCUGCUCACACACACAGGAGGGAAGUCCGAACAGCAGCCCCCACCUCUCUUCUGCAGAGAACGAAGCCGAUCAUGACAUGCUCUCCAGUUAUUCCAGUUUGGAGGACAGCAUCGACAAUGAUUUGGGUGGCAUCUACCAUGGAGACCUUCCACAGAUGUCCAGUCAAGUUCCCAGAAGAGACGCUUCCGAUCGUCAGAGCUUAGGGUAUGAAGACCACAGAGAUGAGUCGAGGAUUGGGAGUGUCACCAAGAAAGUGAUGCCGCUGUCCGCGUUCAGAGAAAUCAAGGAUCUCAGGAUCGUCUUUUACAUAUUCAUGAUGCUAGUGGUGCUGCUGCUUUUGGUGUCUGGUUACAUUGGGCUAAGAAUCACAGCUCUGGAGGAGCAGCUGGAUUCUUUGGGAGCACUGCCUGAAUGGUCUUCAAACUAA